CAUAACAACCGGAGCGAGGGAAUCCUGGCGACUGCUGGGGGCGGGGGCGGCGGUUGCGCGAGGGACUCCGCGGGGGCUGGAGCGUGGCGGCCCUGGGAGACCCACCACCGCGGCAGCGCCCAGCACACCCCGCGCUCCUCGGAGCCCCGCUCCAUGCCGAGCCGCCGGCGGGAGGGCGCCACUCACGUUGCAGCCUCGGCCGUCCCCGCGGGCGGGGACCCAGCCGGCGCCGAGCCGCCGAGACUCCGGGCAGGCCGAGCCGCUGAGCGCCCGCUCCGGGAGCCCUGACUCUAUGGCCCCGGGGGAGCGCGCCGGAGCCACCGCGCCGCCCGCUACCAGCCAGAACCGGAGCGCCAGCGGGAGGAAGAGGGGAGCCCCGGGCGCCGCCAGCCCCGGCCCAGGGGCGCGCCCGCCGCGGAAAAUGGCAGGCAGGUAGAGGGCCCCCGCGGCGGGCAGGCCCCGCCGAGGACCGAGGAGCCCGGAGACUGGGAGGAGAAGAGCGGCCUGCCCGCCCCCUGCCGCAGCCCCACCAGGGCCCUCCCCCGGCGGCGCGCGCGCCGGCGCGCGCACACACUUGCACACCGUACCUCCUCUGCUGCUCAGCCUCGCCUGCCCCCCGCGAGCACCGAACCCCCUGGGGCCGGAUGCCAUGGGUAACAACUUCUCCAGUAUCCCCUCUCUGCCCCGAGGAAACCCGAGCCGGGCGCCACGGGGCCACCCCCAAAACAUCAAAGGUUGCUCCCAGUAUGGGAAGGGGACCCUCGGCAUCACUGCAGGGCCCAGGCUGCACAAACGCAAGGGUAUGCCUUGGAGGUGGAAGGCCUAGUCUGCCCCGGGGCGUCGGGAUGACCUCAGAGAAAGGAGCCCUCCCAGCUGAGACAUGAAGGCAGGACUCCAUCGGGGGCCCCUUCCCUGUCACCUCUCACCGAUGCCACCACAAGCAGAAGUACUGCCCACCGGUGCUGCCCGGUGGGGGGCUCCCGGCCACGCCACUGCUCUUCCACCCACAUACCAAGGGCUCCCAGAUCCUCAUGGACCUCAGCCACAAGGCCGUCAAGAGGCAGGCCAGCUUCUGCAAUGCCAUCACCUUCAGUAACCGCCCGGUCCUCAUCUAUGAGCAAGUCAGGCUGAAGAUCACCAAGAAGCAGUGCUGCUGGAGCGGGGCGCUGCGGCUAGGCUUCACGAGCAAGGACCCAUCCCGUAUCCACCCUGACUCACUGCCCAAGUACGCCUGCCCCGACCUGGUGUCCCAGAGCGGCUUCUGGGCCAAGGCGCUGCCCGAGGAGUUUGCCAACGAGGGCAACAUCAUCGCCUUCUGGGUGGACAAGAAGGGCCGUGUUUUCUACCGCAUCAACGACUCGGCUGCCAUGCUCUUCUUCAAUGGGGUCCGUACAGCCGACCCGCUCUGGGCCCUGGUGGACGUCUACGGCCUCACGCGGGGCGUCCAGCUACUUGACAGCGAGCUGGUGCUACCGGACUGCGUGCGGCCGCGCUCUUUCACCGCCCUGCGGCGGCCGUCGCUGCGACAUGAGGCCGAGGAAGCGCGCCUCUCCGUGAGCCUGUGCGACCUCAACGUGCCGGGCGCCGACGGCGACGAGACCACGCCGGCCGCUGGCUGCCCCAUCCCGCAGAACUCGCUCAACUCCCAGCACAGCCACGCUCUGCCAGCGCAGCUCGACGGCGACCUGCGCUUCCACGCGCUGCGCGCCGGCGCACACGUCCGCAUCCUGGACGAGCAGACGGUGGCGCGCCUGGAGCAUGGGCGCGACGAGCGCGCGCUCGUCUUCACCAGCCGGCCCGUGCGCGUGGCCGAGACCAUCUUCGUCAAGAUCACGCGUUCGGGCGGCGCACGGCCUGGCGCGCUCUCCUUCGGCGUCACCACGUGCGACCCCGGCACGCUGCGGCCAGCCGACCUGCCUUUCAGCCCCGAGGCACUGGUGGACCGUAAGGAGUUCUGGGCCGUGUGCCGCGUGCCCGGGCCCCUGCACAGCGGCGACAUCCUGGGCCUGGUGGUCAACCCCGACGGUGAGCUGCACCUCAGCCACAAUGGCUCCGCGGCGGGCAUGCAGCUGUGCGUGGACGCCUCGCAGCCCCUUUGGAUGCUCUUCGGCCUGCACGGGGCCAUCACGCAGAUCCGCAUCCUCGGCUCCACCAUCCUGGCAGAGCGGGGCAUCCCGUCACUCUCCUGCUCCCCUGCCUCCACACCAACCUCGCCCAGCGCCCUGGGCAUCCGCCUCUCUGACCCCUUGCUCAGCACAUGCAGCUCUGGACCUCUGGGGAACUCUGCUGGCGGGACGGCCCCCAACUCACCUGUGAGCCUGCCAGAGUCGCCAGUGACUCCAGGCGGGGGCCCGUGGAGCGAUGAGUGCACCAUUUGCUAUGAGCACGUGGUGGACACGGUCAUCUACACAUGCGGCCACAUGUGCCUCUGCUAUGCCUGUGGCCUGCGCCUCAAGAAGGCUCUACACGCCUGCUGCCCCAUCUGCCGCCGCCCCAUCAAGGACAUCAUCAAGACCUACCGCAGCUCCUAGCCCGUCGUGGUGCCCUACCCCUCACGCCCACCUCCGCAGACCCCGGCCCAGCUCUACCUGAGGGGCAAGUCAACAGGGCCCCUUCUCUUCUUCCUCAUUUUGGAAAUUCUUUUCCCUUCUCAUUAAACAUGGGAAACAGCCCCUAAAGGUUUGGGGGAGGAAGGGGUAUCAGGCAGGGAGGUGGGGGCAGAAGCAAACCGCCUGCUCUUCCCUGCACGCCGAGGGGCUAAACUGGGGUCUCAGCUUCUCCUGAUCCUUCCCCAUCCGGGGUAGAUUCCCAGGAGGUCCUUCUAGCCUGUGUGGCACCUUUGUGAGAAUUAGAAAGUGUGUCCCUUCCUCUGGGCAGAUGUGGCCCUGAGCCCAGACAUGUGGCUUGGCUAGUGGAGUGUGGACUUGGACUUCAGCCUCUGUUUUCUCCCUCAGCCAACUGCCCUUGAGCAGUGCACAACCUGUGCAACAGCAGCCCUAGGCCGGCAGCUCCUGAGCUGCUGCCUUACUCUCUGACCUACACCUACCUUCUCCUUCCUUUCUUCCUUGCCCCUUGGGCCUGGAAGCCAGGGGUAAGAAGGCCAGUGGAUACCUCUCAUCCUGGGCAGGCUGCAGCCUCCAUGCCAUGUCCGUCUCCCCCUCCCCCUGGGUGGGUGGACAGACAGGCUACAGAAGCCUCCAGGCUCUGGGUCCCUAGCCCCCUGGCCUGGUUGAGAUGUGGAGGGCCCCUUUCUGGUCAGAGCCUGUCUUGGUGUGGGCUGGAGAGUCUGUCUUCUGUCAGGGGUCUCUGAAGAACAGGUUUGCAGCUACCCUCUGUGACCUCUCCUCCCCCAUUUCAGUGCUAUUCUGGGCCGGGCUGGUACUCAUAGAGGCUGUAGCAUCCCCAGGAGAGGGCAGGGCCCUGGGUUGGGAGUAGGGGGCUCCCUGGAGUAAGAACAGGCUUUUUCCGUAUUUUAACUUAUUUAUUUAUUGGGUUUGUAGGGGUUAUUUGGCAGGGGGGCGGGACUGAAUUCCCAUCCCCCAGACCCCUAGAAAUGCUGUCCUGGUGGGCGGGGUGCCUGGUUAGAGGGGUCAGCAGAGGUAGUCAUCACUCAAAAUCUUCCCCAGACUGCAGCCCAGAAGUCCCUAGCCAGCUCUGCUUACCAUGAAGUAGAACUCCAAAGGGGCUGAAGUGGGAGGCCUUCUGACAAAUUGUAUCCCUUUUACAGAGAGGGCAGCAGAGCCUCUGCAGUGCCCUGGGACUAGGGGAUCACCCCAGAGCCACAAAAUGCCCUUCUUCUUGGGCUGGAGCAGGGUCAUCAUAAUUGGCUCAUUAUACAUCACGAGGCCCAGGAGUUCCCUCCUCCAUAAGGACAUAAAAAGUUCUGGGCAAGCUGAGGGAGGGAAGGCCAGCUGGCCUCAUCAUUGUAGGGGUAGGGAGCCUGUUCUUAGGCUCUCUGGUGCCAGGAAAGAGGAGAACCUCUAGGUUCUUAGUCCUGAUGCUGGGGUGAGGGAGUCCCCCCCGCAGCUGCUCUUAGGUUAUAGUCAUCUCAGCCCUGCACGCCCUGUCCUGAUAGGCCAUGGCUGGGGCCAGCUCUCAGAGUCCUGGCCUAGUUGCCCCCGAGCCUCCCAGCCCUCGGCCCCCUCAGGUAGUUUUUUACGCCUGUCGGAGACUGCUUUGCCGUAUGGCUGGCAGAGCGCGGGAUUCUGGACCUGGCCACUGACCAGUUGUGUGGCCCCGACCAGGUCACAGCCUCUCUGAGCCUCAGCUGGCACCUCGAUAAAGUGAUGGUUGGGGUCGGGAGGGACUUUCCUUGUGACUCUCGGGGGUUCUCUGGUGGGGGCUGCUAUGGGGUGGGGUGGUGGGACACCACAGGGAGGGGGUCAGGAUGCCAGGCGGGCCCUGUCUGCACCUGCCUGGCCGGGAAGCCACAGUCCUACCAUGGGUCUCCCCUCCCCACUGACCCUGUAGACCCCUUCUGUGGGAGGGGGGGCGAGGUGGGGCUGGUGUGGCCCCACCCAGUCAGGGGGUCCCCUCUCAGACAAGGAGAGUUCUUACAUGCAGGGGCUGUACAGCCUGCGCGCCAGGGAGAGGAAGCCACCGUCCUGUUGUUUCUGCUAGCCUGGGGGUAGCUGCUGCCUCCUCUGUGAACCUGGGUCACCGUGACUGAUUGUGAAUAAAGGUGAUUUCGUACCAGCCUGAGGGCUGUGCCGUGCAGUCUGGAGGGCUGGGGAUGGAGGGCAGGCGGGCAGGUGGGUGUGCAGGAGGGGAGUCAACGAUCGGGAAAGACUCCCUGGAGAGAGCAGGGGAGGGGGAGGCGGCUGGAGCGUGACCUGGGGCUUGGAUAGCAGGGGCUAUCCAAGCAGAAUGCCAGGCGAGCCCCACUGUAAGCUGAAAGGGAGACGCUACUGCCCCUCGGUGGCCUCAGGUCCCUGGGUCCGUGGCACUCCCGAGGCUGAGCCGGGUCUAAAUCUGGAGUGCAACCUUUGUGGAGGGGCAGCGCCACCUAGGGGCUAAAGGGCGGCAGGCACUGUGCUGAGCUCCCCAGAACAGGGCCUGCCCGGCUCUCACCCGAAGCCCAGACCUGGAAGCUCCGCUGCUGCUCCCACUGGUCGGUGAGGAGGCCUAUGCCAAAUGAGUGGCACAGCUGGGCUGAAAAGGGAGGCCUCGGUCAGGGACCCUCGGAAAAACUUUCUAGAUGGGCUGAGUACCUCUGGGUGGCAGUAGAAGCUGGAGCGCUGGACGGGGUCUGGGCACAAUGUGGGAGUUGAACUCAUUUGGCAGGCUGGGCCUCAGAGGGACAUGGGAUGCUUGCCUUCCUCUCUCCUGGGAGGAUGCUCUAGCUGCCCAGCCUCUGCUUGGCCUUGAACAGCCAUGGGCUACUCCCCACACCAGGACUGCCCAGCCCUGCUUACUGGAGUCCAGCAAAAGUAGGGGAGGGUCAGGGGCUCUAAGCUGAGGGGCCAUGUAGGCCCACUGAAUGUGGCUCUUCGGCCCCAAGAUCUGUAUCCCUCUCUAAAAGCCUUGGCCACUGCCCAGAAAGCCUCCCAAAGGUGGGGGAGGGGUGGAGGGGCUUGAGCACGCUUCUCACCGGCAACAGUGGGAACUUACCUGUCCCCCCACCCCUCCAGUGUCCUCAGAGGGCCUGGACCCUGCAGGUCAUGUUUCAUUUGGGGUGAUGUGGCUUUUGCCACUCAGCUGGAUAUGUUUCCUUGUGGCAGGGAGAAUCAGGAGGUGAUUCUGUUCAGUUAAAAAGGCAAAAACUUUAUUUAGUUUUCAGGGAAAUACAAGAUGCAUGUAAACAUAAACAAAAUACAAAACAACCCAAAUCUUACAGUCUAGAAGCAUGCCAAGACAGAGUAUUUUCUGCAGACCAAAGAAUCCCAUCAAAAUGAUAAAAGACACCUGGAAAGCGGCAGGUCAAGGGGCUGGGUCCCUUCCCCGAGGACGCUGCAUUUUUGUGAUGAGAACAAUUCAAAAAAAAAAACAAAACCCACUAUUAAAAAUAUUAGAAACAUGGAGAGAGUUUAGCACCACCAUUGAGCCUGGAAAUUUUUUAGCACUCAGAUUGACAGCACUGGAGUCACUGCCCUUAAAUUUCUCUGCUGAGGGGGAAGAGGGAACAACCUCCUUCAGACCCCACAGACCCCACUAGGAGCUGGGAGGGGUUGAGUGGACACCGUGAGGAGUGCCCCAGAGGCAUCCAGCAGUUCACAUGCAACCAUGCAGUGCACAAACCCACGCUUCACGAACCUGCCACUAACACCUGCCUUGUUCAGAAGUCCCCUUCAUGCAGACCUCCCUGAAACCCUUUUGCCAUCCUGUGUCCUGGAUUUAAAGAAAACCUGUUGCAGAGAACAAGCUGUAGAUUCAAGAACCGUGGCUCUGUUUACCCUUCUUUCUCUGAAAUGCUAAAGAGCAGUAUGCCUUGGUCACAGGCCACUAAACAUGAUGAGUGCACUGCACUCCAUCUUCUGAGUCACACCACUGAGGCAGGCUCAGCAAACUGAACCACCACAGGCGUCAUUAGAGAUACUUAAGAAGAACUGGUGUCAACAGAAGAGCAAACGAAGUUGUCUUCUUCCCAGAUAUGCUUGAUGGUGUCUGGACCCCAAGGUUCCAGUUUGGGGGUGGUGGGUCCCAACUACAUGACCCAUUAUGGUCACUGGUCUCUGAUUCAAGCAAUUUGAGAGGCUAGCUCUGGAUUGGACAAAGGGAGGCGGGGAAACCCAGCCUGGAAACGGAGAGAUGGAUGAAUGUUCGGAGCCAGGGCCUCAAACUCGAAGACUGGUUUGUUGCUGGCAACUUCCCGCUUUCCACUAAGUAAAUCAAUGACCAUUAAGAACCCGCUGGGGACCCAGCUUGUGGCCCAGCAAGUAGCUGUUUCCUGAGGCCAGCUUCUUCUAACAGCCAAAUCUUGGGGCUGUCCCAACCUGUUCUGGCUGGACCCUUGGGCGUUGAGUCACUAAACUCCCUCCCUACCUGCUGUCUUCUUCCUGAAACACUCAGAACAGACUUCCUCCUCCUUUCUAAUAAAGACAAAACUCCAGACUCCAAACCCUCUCUCAACCUUCUCAUACUCUUCCCUUUCUGCCUAGCAGACCUCCUCUUCUGGAAGCCUCCUUCUUGGGGAAGGGGCGGUAAACCCCAGCCACCCCAAACACGCGCACACUCAUCUUGCCGACGUGCCUCUCACUCACCUCCAACGUGCUCGAUCCAUACUUUUGCUUUAAAACGACAAUUCUUCCUUCCUCUCUUGCCUCCUGAGGUCCAGCCCAUUAGCUAGGAUGGAAAUGGGAACAAAGGAGGGACCUUCAUCGUAGGGACCCAUUCUCUAAGGCCACUAAGUUCUGGAAUGGGAGAGGGGGCUGAUUGUCAAGGUCAAGUGCAAACUCAAGGUUAAAAAGAUAGGCUCCGGGAAGGGGGAUGGCAUGGUAAAACCAACAUUAUAGGCAGCUUGGGACCAAGGCCCAGGAAGACAGAGUCCUCUACCCAGUCUAUAAGCACCAGUGUGCCCAACUUCUGGCCUGAGGACCCAGGUGCACAGGACAAAACAGGAGGGAUGCUAUUAUCAGUGGGGCUCUUCUUCCUGAAGUGCAGCUAUAGGUCACUGACCCUGUUGUGUCACUGGCUCUGAUCACAGAGCUUGAGAACCAGGGGCUGCCCCAACCAGAGAUCAUGAUUUAGACAAAAAGCUCAGUAAUGUCAAGGGGGAGCCCUCCACAUGAUUCCCAUGAAGCGUUCAGUCAGGCCUGCAGUCUAGACCCGGGGUGCUGACGUACCCGCACGGGUAGGUCCACUGAGCUCACGGUGACCAAUUUCUCGCCCCGACCAGCCUGAUCCACCCUCAGCAAUAUAAGAACUGAGGGCCAGCUGCUCUCCUGACAUGGGGAUUCCCACAGUGGCGAUAUGCAUGGCAAAGGCUGGGAGUCAGCCUACUAGAGACACUGCGGGUGGCAGCCCCAUCUGACCGCCUCGGCACUUCCACACCCAGUGGCGGCACCUUUCCACAUCUUCAUUUUGGAGCCCGGGACGAUGGCCUAGGCUGCUUCUGCUAGAUCUGUUAAUGCCAGUGUGAAGUUUCCAACUAAAUACUUAAUAAAAUAAUUACCAAAAAAAAAAAAA